CAUCUCUAUAACCUUGAAAUGUCAUUCAUAGUUGGACCCGGUAUAUUAUUUCGCCUGCGUGUUGCGUACUGUUUAUUCGUCGUCUGACUGUAAAGUAAGUUUUUUAAAAUGGGUGGAAAAUGGUCAAGUAUGGAUCCGUCCAACAUCGAUGUCCCUGAAUUAAAAAAUUUGUUGGAACGGGAUCCUUAUUUGAAACCGUAUGAAGCGGAAAUACGGAAAAGGUACUUUUGAGAGUUAUUGCCAAUUAUAAAUGGCACUUGUUUAAAAACGUGCCCAUGUUGCUUUGAUUGAUUUAAGGUAUGCCGUAUUUAAGGACUACAAAGACAUGAUAGAAAAUGGAGACAAGACGAUAGAUGAUUUUUCAAAGAGCUACAGAGAUUUUGGUAUACAUAUCAAAGAAGACAAUAGCGUCGUGGCGAUGGAAUGGGCUCCAGGAGCACAAGAACUUUUUUUAACUGGGGAUUUUAAUAGUUGGAAUAAGAUGCAAACUCCGUAUAAGAAAUUAGAAUUUGGUAAAUGGGAAUUGAGAUUGGCUCCAAAUGCUGAUGGCAGUUGCCCGAUUCCACAUCUUUCGGAGGUUAAAAUUAUCGUUAAGACCAAUAACGGGGAGCUAUUGGAGCGAUUGAGUCCUUGGGCAACUUAUGUGACUCAGGCUAUAAACCGCUGUGAAGGAACAACUUAUAAACAACGUAUCUGGCACCCAGAACAGGUUUACAAACCCGUCCAUCCCAAGCCUAAGAAACCGGAAAGCCUUCGUAUCUAUGAAUGUCAUGUCGGCAUUGCAACACAGGAACUACAUGUUGGAACAUACUUAGAGUUUGCUAAAAAUAUUAUACCUAGAAUCGUUAAACAGGGUUAUAAUGCUAUACAGUUGAUGGCUAUUAUGGAACAUGCAUACUAUGCCAGUUUUGGAUACCAGGUCACUUCAUUCUAUGCUGCUUCAUCGCGAUAUGGUACCCCAGAGGAAUUGAAAGAACUCAUAGAUGUUGCCCAUAAGCACGGUCUUUUCGUUCUACUAGAUACCAUUCAUUCGCAUGCCUCAAAGAACACAUUGGACGGUUUGAAUAUGUUUGAUGGUACAGAUUCGUGCUUCUUUCAUUCGGGUAGCCGGGGUGAACAUCCUCUCUGGGACAGUCGUCUGUUUAACUAUGGAGAGUACGAAGUACUUCGAUUCCUAUUGUCCAACCUGCGCUGGUUUAUCGAGGAAUACGGCUUUGAUGGAUUCAGAUUUGAUGGGGUCACCUCAAUGCUGUACCAUUCUCGAGGAGUUGGUCAAGGUUUUAGUGGCCAUUACGAUGAAUACUAUGGUUUGAACGUCGAUGUAGAAGGCAUAGUAUAUUUAAUGCUAGUAAACGAUAUGCUGCACAAUUUAUAUCCCGAGAUGGUUACCAUCGCUGAGGAUGUCAGCGGCAUGCCAGGGGUUUGCAGGCCUGUAGUGGAAGGUGGCAUUGGGUUCGAUUAUCGUCUUGGAAUGGCCAUUCCCGAUAAGUGGAUUAAAUUGUUGAAGGAAAUAAAGGACGAGGACUGGAGCGUAGGUGACAUAUGCUGGUCCCUGACAAAUCGCAGAUGGAUGGAAAAGACGGUGGCUUAUUGCGAAUCACAUGAUCAGGCACUAGUGGGAGACAAAACAAUCGCCUUUUGGCUCAUGGAUAAAGAGAUGUACACACACAUGAGUACUCUUAGUCCACCUAGUCCAAUUAUCAGUCGUGGAAUUGCUCUGCAUAACAUGAUUAUGCUGAUCACGCACUCUCUGGGUGGAGAAGCUUAUCUUAAUUUUAUGGGAAACGAGUUCGGUCAUCCCGAAUGGCUGGACUUUCCACGAGUAGGUAACAAUGAUAGUUAUCAUUAUGCCAGACGCCAGUGGAAUUUGGUUGACGAUGAAUUAUUAAAAUAUAAAUUCAUGAAUAACUGGGAUCGAGCUGUGAAUUUUCUUGAAGAAAAAUACGGCUGGCUACAUUCUAACCCCGGUUACAUCAGUUGGAAACACGACACCGAUAAAGUUAUAGUAUUCGAUCGAGCUGGUCUUGUGUUCGCGUUUAAUUUUCACCCAGCAAAAUCAUUUCCUGAUUACCCGAUUGGUGUCAACGAACCUGGAAGUUACAAGGUCAUUUUAAACAGUGACCACAAGGAGUUUGGUGGAGAAGCACGAAUAGAUAAUAGCGUGGAACAUUUAUCAAUGCCCGAAUCGUUUGCUGAAAAACCACACAGAAUCCUUGCCUACAUACCCUGCCGUACCGCAAUUAUUUUUGUUAAAGUGUCCUGAAUCAUCGGUGCACCAUAAAUAAAAAUAGCAGGGCAUAGUACCGAUCAUACAAUGAAAAGUGAAAGGAAAUUAUUUUUGUAUCGGAUCUAUUUCAUAUCUAGUUUUAUAGAUCGUUAAAUUCUGGACUUAAUGAAUUUGAGAGUUUUUCUGAAAUAUUAGCGUUCAUACAGUAAUAACUAAAUUCAAGUACUGAUGUCAAUAACCAUGUGUAAAUAUGUUUGUUGUCACGACUACUGUUGGUAUUACUACAUUGAGACAUGUAGAAGUAAUGAUGUUCGCAAAUAUUUUUUUAAGGAUGUUAAAUAACCAGUCUGAUUUAAGAAACAGAAAAAUCCCUUGAUCUGGGUUAAAUUUGAACUCAAAUGUUAUUCUUUGUUUCAGUGGUAGAAAAGAAUCGUAUUUUUUUAUUGUAAAAAUCUCUCGUUUUAAUAUAUUUGAUUGAUAAGUUAAAAUUUAUCAUUUUUGUUCAAUCAUUAUUCGGCAAACGUAAUUUAAUAAAUUCUACCAUACA